AUGUUUCCCAAAUAUUAUAUUCUGUUUACUUUAACAACUCUCAUAUAUCAACUGGCUGCGGCCCUUGAUAUUACGAAAGAUUUGAACCUAUACGGUUCAGCCGAAUAUACUGACUCCAUAUCUAUCGGCAAAGGUUUGAUUUUCGCCAUUAGCGGUGGUGAAAAAGUUGAAUUCCAAAAUAAUUUACAUAAUAAUGGGGAUUUAUGUGUUGGAUCCCAUCAUGUCCAUUUUGGUUGUCCUUCUUUGAAGAAUGACGGUAAUUUAGUUGUCCAUAACCCCCAAAAAUAUACUGUUAGUGGGAGUAUGGAUUUCCUAUUAACUGACUUUUUGAAUAAUGGGUUCCUUGCUAUUCACAAUAGUUUUGCAUCGUCUAUGUUUGGUUCGAUAUUAACAUCAAAGACAUUCAUUAACAUUGGUGUCAUCCACAUUGAAACUUCCAUGAGACUUACUUUAGGCGCAUCCUCCACCUCUAUCCAAAAUAAAGGUACCAUGAUUUUCAACGGUGGUAAUUAUACUUUAGAUUCUUCCAUUAUUGGUGGAGGUUGUAUUGCUAUGCAAAACAAACAUGAAAUACAUAUUGAUAUAAGUAAAACAUUUGACCAAACUUUCUACUGUGAUAGUUACGAAAAAGAAAUUCAUUUCACUGGUUUACCAAAUCUUAUUGGCCUUCCAAUAGUUUUUAACGGGUUCUCCAAUACCCAUGAACUAUAUUUUCACGGUUCUCAAACCGCACGUACCCAUUUCUUGGUUGGUAAGUAUUCCCCUUUAACUGGUCUUAUUGUUAUCGUGACUACCCCAAUUCCAUUUAGAGGAGCUUGGGAUGUUAUGACAAGAUCCAUUUUCGUCGGUUACGGCUAUGAUAUGUUCCAAUUUAAAUUUGAAUUUAUCUCCCAUAGAGGACUACCAUGUGUACACGUUCAUUAUAACAAACCUUGUCCACAUCCUUCUAUCCCUCCACAUUGUAACAUUACUACCGGCCUACCUUGGGAUAAAUGUACAGAGUCUGCUUCGAGUUCCGCUGCUUUAUCAACGAUUCACUACAUAUCCUCAUCUGCUAGCAUGAGCUCAACGACUCCAACGUCAUCCAGUUCUGCUGUCGUUACUUCGUCCAUUCAAACCGAUGAAUAUUCUUCCUAUCCUUCUACUGGUUUAGGAACACCUUCCCAACCAGCUAACACUGCUUCUGUUAGCUCAACCGGUCUACCACCUCCAUACACCACUACUGUUGUGUCUGGAUCCUCCACUGAAACCGACAUUGUUUCUUACUACUCCACCACCGAUUCCGAAGGCAAGCCAUCCACUGGUGUCACUACCAUCCCAAUCCCAGGCUCUUCCCUUCCUACUGUUACUGGUGCUUCUAGUGUAACAUCAAACAGAAUUACUUCUGGAACCUUAACUGAAAGCUGUUCAACAUCAUUAGUUAUCACAACAAACACUGAUUCCUACGAGAUCAUCAGCACCUCUUUUGAAGUGGACCUCCCAGUUUCCACAUCACUUUCAUCUGUUGCUGCCUCUUCUGGUGCUUCUGGUGUACCUCCUCCAUACACCACUACUGUUGUGUCUGGAUCUUCCACUGAAACCGACAUUGUUUCUUACUACUCCACCACCGAUUCCGAAGGCAAGCCAUCUACUGGUAUCACUACCAUCCCAAUCCUAGGUUCCUCCGCUGCUGCCUCUUCUGGUGCUUCUGGUGUACCUCCUCCAUACACCACUACUGUUGUGUCUGGAUCCUCCACUGAAACCGACAUUGUUUCUUACUACUCCACCACCGAUUCCGAAGGUAAGCCAUCCACUGGUGUCACUACCAUCCCAAUCCCAGGUUCUUCCGCUGCUGCCUCUUCUGGUGCUUCUGGUGUACCUCCUCCAUACACCACUACUGUUGUGUCUGGAUCCUCCACUGAAACCGACAUUGUUUCUUACUACUCCACCACCGAUUCCGAAGGUAAGCCAUCCACUGGUGUCACUACCAUCCCAAUCCUAGGUUCCUCCGCUGCUGCCUCUUCUGGUGCUUCUGGUGUACCUCCUCCAUACACCACUACUGUUGUGUCUGGAUCCUCCACUGAAACCGACAUUGUUUCUUACUACUCCACCACCGAUUCCGAAGGCAAGCCAUCUACUGGUGUCACUACCAUCCCAAUCCUAGGUUCCUCCGCUGCUGCCUCUUCUGGUGCUUCUGGUGUACCUCCUCCAUACACCACUACUGUUGUGUCUGGAUCCUCCACUGAAACCGACAUUGUUCUUACUACUCCACCACGAUUCCGAAGGUAA